AUGCGCAUGACAGCACCCCGUGUCUUCCCAGGCUUCACGCCGGCGUCCCGCGUCGACGCCGACGCGGCCUCCUCCUCCUCUUCCUACCUCUCCCGCAUUUCUCUUCUCAUGGAGGAGGAAGAGGAGGACGACCUCGCCGACCACCCCGCGCUCCUCCAUGCCCAGCAGCCCUUCGCCCAGAUCCUCUCCGGCGGCCCCUUAUUGCCGGACCAAGGCCCCGUCUUUCCAGGCGGCUCGCCCGAAGACAAGGAGUACGGAACGGACAUGUUCACAGCUGCAUUCUUCAAGGGCGUGGAGGAGGCCAGCAAGUUCCUGCCAGCCUACACCGCUGCCACGCUGCUGAGCAACGACACAAGCGGCGGCGGCAGCAAGGGCCGCAGGGACAGGCACACCGUCGGUGGCGACGACGAGCUGGAGGCCGAUGCCAGCAGGACCAGCAAGCUGGCGAUGGCAGAGUCGGAGGAGGCCGGCGCCCGCGAGAUGUUCGACGAAAUGAUGCUGAGGGGAUUCGAUGCCUGUUCCAAGGAGAUGGAGGGCCUGGCCAUUUCCGUUGAGAAUGUGCCCGCGAAGGACGAUGGCAAGAAGAAGGCGAGGAAGAGGAGCAGGGUACGGGGCAAGCGCCGGCCGGCCAGGGUGGUUGACGUGCACACCUUGCUCAUCCACUGCGCCAAGGCGGUUAUCGACGACCGCCGGAGCGCAGACGAGCUGCUCAGUCAGAUCAAGGAGCACGCCUCGCCUACCGGGGACGCCACGCAGCGGCUUGCCUACUGUUUCGCGCAGGGGCUGGAGGCACGGCUGGCUGGCACCGGGAGCCAGGUGUACAGGUCACUCACCACGAACCGGACCUCGCUCGUGGAGUUCCUCAAGGCCUAUCAGCUCUUCAUGUCAACCUGCUGCUUCAGGAAGGUGGCAUUCAUGUUUGCCAACAAGACCAUCUUCGACGCCGCAGUUGGCAGGAGCAAGCUGCACAUCGUGGAUUAUGGCCUCCAUUCCGGCUUCCAGUGGCCGGAGCUGCUGCGCUUGCUGGGGACUAGGGACGGUGGGCCACCGCAGGUCAGGGUCACCAGCAUUGACCUCCCACAGCCUGGAUUCCACCCAGCAAACCACAUGGCAGAGAUGGGUUAUCGCCUUACCAACUGUGCCCGUGAACUCUGUGUGCCACUGAGUUUCCGUUCUGUGGUGGCGCCAUGGCACACCGUUUGCAUCGAUGAUCUGAAUGUGGAACCUGACGAGGUCCUCGUCGUCAACGAUCUGUUCAAUUUCAGGACCCUGAUGGACGAGAGCAUCAUAUCAGACAGCCCCAGCCCUAGGGAUGUUGUCCUCAGCAACAUCAGAAAGAUGAAGCCUGAUAUCUUCAUCCAAGCCGUCGUCAAUGGUUUUUACGGCACCACCUUCUUGUCACGGUUUCGGGAAGCCCUCUUUUACCACUCUGCGCUGUUUGACAUGCUUGAUGCGACCAUGCCCCGGGAGAGCCAACUGCGCUUGGUGCUUGAGCGGGAUAUCUUUGGCUGGGUUGCCUUGAAUGCCAUAGCAUGUGAGGGAGAGGACCGUGUGGAACGUGGUGAAACAUAUAAGCAGUGGCAGGUCAGAAACCAGCGGGCUGGCCUAAGGCAACUGCCCUUGAAUGGAGAGACUGUUAAGAUGGUGAGGGACAUGGUCAAGAACCAAUACCACAAGGAUUUUGUCAUUGAGGAGGGUGAGGAAGAAAGUAGUGAGGCCACUGAGGCCAAGGAAGUUCCAGAGAAAUAUUUCUUAGGACAUUACAUAUCAUUCACAACAAUCUUCACGUUACUCCCUCUGUUCCAAAAUUUUGACAUGUUUGAUGCGACCAUGCCAUUGGAGAGGCAACUGCACGUGGUGCUCGAGCGGGAUAUCUUUGGCUGGGUUGCCUUGAAUGCUCUUGCCUGUGAGGGAGAGGACUGUGUGGAACGUGGUGAGACAUAUAAGCAGUUGUUGGUCAGAAACCGACAGGCUGGCCUAAGGCAAUCUCGUGGAAUGAGGAGCAUGUUAGAAUGGCCAUAUAUUCGCAGUUUGAAGUAUUAUGCCUACCUCUACGUGCAAAUAAAGGAAUCAGCCUGA